ACCGACCCGGCUUCCAGCUACUUUCUUCUCCUCCUCCAAACCGACCGAUCGUAUUAUUUCGCGCUCCGGGCUGCUUAAUCCCCUCGAAUUCAACCACACAGCCGACAUCCACCGACAUCCACCGCCGCCCGCGCUGCCAUGAAGAAGUUCGGCUUUGGAAAGAAGGGCGACGACGGCGACGAUGCGAAUCGCAAUGCCCUCUUCAGCCGCAAGAAGUCCUCUCAAUCCCCUGCCGCCAGCAACCCCUACGCCAAGUCAGGUGGUAAUGAUCCCUAUGCCGACGAAGCAAAGUACGCCAACGUGACGCCCUACCAACAGGCUCGAGCCGGUCUUGGUGGCCCCCCCGGUGGCGGUCCUCCCCCUCAGCAAUCCAACGCAUACGGUGCACCCCCUGGUGGCCACAACUCCCAACCCCCCAGCGGAUACGGUGCCGACAGAUACGGAUCCGGCGGUGGUUACGGUGGCAAUCGAUAUGACAACGCCGGAAGCCAGGAUCGACAAAACCCCCCGGCCGGCGGGGCCAGAGGCCCUGGUGGUUAUGGUGGAUUUGGUCGAGACGAGCCCGAUGACAACCGGGAUGCCCUCUUUGCUGGCGCCACAGAGAGACAAGCCCAGAAGCAACCGCCAUCGGCCCCUCCUGGUGGCGCCUAUGGUCAGCAGCCGGGGGGGGAUGGAGGUUCAUACGGUGGAUACGGUGAAUCCCGAGAGCUGACUGCUGAGGAGCAGGAGGAGGCCGACUACCAGGCCAUCCUAUCAGAGAAACGACAGAUUCAGCAAGAGAGUGCGUCUUCUGUCAACCGCUCGGUCCAGAUGGCCAGGCAGGCCAAUGAAGUGGGACGUGCCACUCUUGCCCGGCUCGGUGCCCAGGGCGAACGGUUGAACAACACAGAGAAGCAUCUGGAUUUGGCCGCCAACCAGAACAAAAUUGCUCAGGAUAGAGCCUCUGAGCUGAAGACACUCAACAGGAGCAUGUUUGCCGUUCAUGUUGGCAACCCCUUUACUUCUAAAUCGCGCCAACUCAAGGCUGACGAGGAGGUCAUGAGUCGCCACCGAAACGAGAGGGAUGCACGAGAAGCUACCCGCCGUGACGGCUUUAAUGCCACUCAGCGCAUGGAAUCCAACUUCAAGGGUAUGGAGCAGGGCGCUUCGCAACGACAGCAGCCUCGCAAGAAGGAUUAUGGCAAGUUCAACCUAGAUGAUGAAGAAGGCGCCGAUGAGCUUGAGGAUCAGAUUGACGACGGUCUCGACGAGCUGUCUGGUCAGGUCUCCAUGAUGAACAUGGUCGGGAGAGCCAUUGGUAAGGAGGUGGACGCUCAGAACAAGCAGAUCGACAGGAUUAUGAACAAGAGCGACGCUGUUGAUGAUGCGACCAGGAUGAACCGAGAACGGUUGGCCCGGAUUAAGUAAAGGAUUAUAAAACAAAGGGUCGACGUCAUAAAGACCGCUCAUGGAGCCGCUUAGUUUGGCCUGUCGUCCGGUCUGUCGACAUAAUCUGUUUGGAGAAAGAAUUCUGACUUCCAUUGUAAUUCUCUACACAAUGGACUCGUACAGAUAGGCUCUGGGACUGGUGCUAGAAUGACACCAAUGGU